CGAGUCGCAAUCGGAACUUGCUGUGAAUCGGUCGCUAUCGCACCUCUCGGAACCUCGGAGCAAGUCGAAUUUAGCAGAAAGUUGGAAGUAAUGCCAGUGGGCUGGACAUGAGUGUGGAUAAUACCCAAUCAUAGCGAAAUCCGCCCAGAGUGACAGUGACUAUAGUCUUGAUGCCGCGCUAGAUGGGUUCGCCUGGCCCUUAUCUAACUACGAAGAUCUAAUCGCAAUCGCAAUCGCAAUAGGUCGCAGAUAAAGCCUGAUAAAGUUUAAGACACAGCGCCGAAGAACUUAAAGAAAACAAAAGUCGUGCAAGUUUGUGCAAUAUUUGCUGAAGAACACGGGCACCCGAGUUGAUUAUUUCACAAAUUGGUUUAUGCAAAUUCUGAUUGCUCAAUUCACCGCCCGUCUGGCUGCGCCUCUGUGAUAUAAAGUUCAAAGUGCUACCGGCAAGUGGAACUAGAAACUACAUGACAAUUAGACAACCAGCGGGAGCAACCAACAGCAAAACCAGCAACAAAAUGACAAACUGCCAAAGUUCAGUGUUCGUAGUCGUAGGCACCCUGCUAUCCAUCCUGGCAGCGGCCCAAACGGCACCCGUCUCCACCACCACACAGGCAGAGAUCUACCUGUCCCAGUUCGGCUACCUACCCGCCUCAGCCCGCAAUCCUGCCAGCAGUGGUCUGCACGACCAGCAGACAUGGGUCAGUGCCAUCGAGGAGUUCCAGAGCUUCGCUGGACUGAACGUCACCGGCGAGCUGGAUUCGGAGACCAUGAAACUGAUGUCUCUGCCACGAUGCGGAGUUCGGGAUCGCGUUGGCACCGGCGACAGUCGCUCCAAGCGGUACGCCCUGCAGGGUAGCCGCUGGCGCGUUAAGAAUCUCACCUACAAGAUCUCCAAGUACCCCAAGCGGCUGAAGCGAGUUGAUGUCGACGCUGAAAUCGGUCGCGCAUUCGCCGUGUGGUCCGAGGAUACCGAUCUGACCUUCACCAGGAAGACCUCAGGACCCGUGCACAUCGAGAUCAAGUUCGUGGAGAGCGAGCAUGGAGAUGGCGAUGCCUUCGAUGGUCAAGGCGGCACCCUAGCUCAUGCCUUCUUCCCCGUUUUUGGAGGAGAUGCUCACUUUGAUGAUGCGGAACUGUGGACCAUUGGCUCGCCGCGUGGUACCAAUCUCUUCCAGGUAGCGGCCCAUGAAUUCGGCCAUUCCUUGGGACUGUCCCACUCCGAUCAGAGCUCAGCCCUGAUGGCGCCCUUCUACCGCGGCUUUGAACCCGUUUUCAAGCUCGACGAGGACGACAAGGCUGCCAUCCAGUCGCUGUACGGCAGGAAGACGAACCAACUGAGACCCACCAACAACUACCCGCCCACCACUCAGCGACCAUUCACCCCUCCCAAGGUGCCCCUGGACGACUCAAUUUGCAAGGACUCCAAGGUGGACACUCUCUUCAACUCUGCACAGGGCGAGACUUACGCCUUCAAGGGCGACAAGUACUACAAGCUGACCACGGACUCCGUGGAGGAGGGCUACCCACAGCUCAUCUCAAAGGGCUGGCCAGGACUUCCGGGCAACAUAGAUGCUGCGUUCACCUACAAGAACGGCAAGACGUACUUCUUCAAGGGAACUCAGUACUGGCGCUACCAGGGUCGCCAGAUGGACGGCGUUUACCCGAAGGAGAUCAGCGAGGGCUUCACCGGCAUCCCCGAUCACUUGGACGCAGCGAUGGUCUGGGGAGGCAACGGCAAGAUCUACUUCUUCAAGGGCAGCAAGUUCUGGCGGUUCGACCCGGCCAAGAGGCCACCGGUCAAGGCCAGCUAUCCCAAGCCGAUUUCCAACUGGGAGGGCGUUCCCAAUAACCUGGAUGCUGCUCUGAAGUACACCAACGGCUACACGUACUUCUUCAAGGGCGACAAGUACUACCGAUUCCACGACGCCCGAUUUGCUGUUGAUACGGCCUCGCCUCCAUUCCCCAGACCCACCGCCCACUGGUGGUUCGGCUGCAAGAACACGCCCUCGUCCACAGGUAAUAUCGUUGAGGGUUCGGACAACGAGUUCGAACAGCACUCCAUGAUCCCGCAUGCCGACGACGGUAAUGGUGACGACUUUGACGCAGCCGUGGGCGAUCACCAGUCCAACGACGAACCGAUCGUACCGGAAGUGGCGGAGCGAACAGGAAAUGGAGCCAUGUCGCAAUCGAAACUGACGACCAACUCCGCCGUAAGCACUGUGAUCACCACCAUCCUUAUGUGCCUCGUCUCCAAAUUCAUCGUUAGCUAAAAGAGCAUCAGAUCCCGGCGAGCUGUGACCUGCAGGCAGUGCAUUUUGUGAACCACAGAAACAAAGCUAGCAACCCGAGUAAAGUUUCCAAAACUUUACCGCCGUUGGAGACAGAAAGUGCUUGAAAUUCAAAUGCGUAACAUCAUAUCGAAUACGAUGAGAGGAAAUCCAAAUAAAACUUAUGAAAAUUGAAUACAAAUUGAAAUCGAACAGAAUGUCAAUUGAAAAUUGAGCGAUCAGCAUGUGAAACAGGUGCCUUAUCAAAUACUUUUGUUGUUGUGUAAAUAAAAUCAGCCUUAAAUAUAAUGAAAUAGUUUAUAACAUUCCGCAUUCUAACGACAAACCGACCGAUCAGAGUCAUAUCAUAGCAGAAGUUCUUUAUGUAGUCAACUGUUUUGGUAAUGACAAAUUGCGAUAUUAAAUUUAACGAGCCAUACGCGAAGAAUUGGAGAGAACCAAACAAAAAUUGAACAGAAACAGAAACACUGAACAUUUAACGUACUUUAGUUUAGAUUUAAUUGUUAAUGUGUGCACAUGGGACAUGGACUUCCGAAAGUUCCUACAGCUGUGCAACAACUUCGCGACUUGACUUGACCAUAUAUAAACUAAUAUGAAAAUCAUCAUCGAGUACAUAUGAUUAUUAUAUAAGUGAUAUUUAAGAGUCCCUUAAGCGAUAUUUGUUCGGGUUUAAUAUUUAAAACCGAAAUAUUAUUUAACU